AUGCCGCCGCUGUUAUUCGGGGUGUUCUGGGCGAGGCUGGAAGGGAUGGGUGUUCCCUGGGAGGUCUCCUGGGAGUCCAGAUACCUGUGGGCUGGCCAGCAGCUGGGGGCUGAGACGGAGGCGUCCCUAACACCCCUGGAAGGCCCCCUUCUGGACGGUGCCCUCCGGCGCUCCCCAGCACCCGGAUGGCUAAGCUCUGACUCUUCUUCUAGACGGAUGUUCCCUGUGCUGAAGGUCAGCGUCACCGGGCUGGACCCCAACGCCAUGUACUCCCUGCUGCUGGACUUCGUCCCAACGGACGGCCACCGCUGGAAGUACGUCAACGGGGAGUGGGUGCCGGCGGGCAAGCCUGAGGUCUCCAGCCACAGCUGCGUCUAUAUCCACCCGGACUCCCCCAACUUCGGGGCCCACUGGAUGAAAGCCCCCGUCUCCUUCAGCAAGGUGAAGCUGACCAACAAGCUCAACGGAGGUGGGCAGAUAAUGCUGAGCUCUCUGCAUAAGUACGAGCCCCAGGUCCACGUGGUGCGUGUCGGAGGUGCCCCCCGGGUGGUGGUGAACUGCUCCUUCCCUGAGACCCAGUUCAUUGCUGUGACUGCCUAUCAGAACGAGGAGAUAACAGCCCUCAAAAUCAAGUACAACCCCUUCGCCAAGGCCUUCCUGGACGCCAAGGAGAGAAAUCACCUCAAAGACCUUCCGGAGGCCAUCUCAGAGGGACAGCACGUGGCCUGCCCCCACCUGGGGGGCUGGAUCUUCUCCAAUCCAGAUGGAAAUACCAGUUACCAGUACACGGCUCCUCUGCCUCUGCCCGCUCCCCACACCCACCACGGCUGUGAGCGCUACUCUGGCCUCCGAGGACACCGGCAGGCGCCCUACCCUCCUGCCUACGUGCACAGAAACCAUUCUCCCACAGUGAAUUUGAUAGAAAACUCAAACAACAACCUGCAAGUUUUCUCGGGACCCGACAGCUGGACCUCCUUGUCCUCCACACCCCAUGCCGGCAUCCUGUCUGUGCCCCACACUAACGGACCGAUCAACCCAGGACCGAGCUCCUAUCCGUGCCUGUGGACCAUCAGCAAUGGUGGCGGGGGUCCUGUUGGGCCGGGCCCAGAGGUGGCCACUGGCACCCCGGCAGCCUUUCUGCGCCCUGCUACAGCUGGAACAUCACCAUCCUCUCUGCUCCCCACCCAGGUGCCCACGCCGGCUGGUGUGGAGGUGCUGGGGGAGCCCUCACUGACUAGCAUCGCUGUGUCCACCUGGACAGCAGUGGCCUCGCACCCCUUCUCGGGCUGGGGUGGCCCAGGUGGGGGUGGGCGCCGGUCUCCGUCCUCGCUGGACAGUUAG